AUGGCGCGAAGUGUUGGGACUGUCAAAGUCGAAGCGAACCUACGGGCAUUUCCAGCCAAAGACAACGAGGACAACUUGCCACUUUCUGGCGCGUGA